UUGAUGUUUUGCAGCUGGUGCCGGAGUGGCUUGCUUGAAACAGCACCGAAUGGAUUGAAGAGACGGGUGGUGUGGAAAGCAGUGUUCAUUCCCCAAUCUGAACCCGAAAACAAGGCUGGGAGAGGUAGUGGAACGGAGGAGGGGAAUCAAUUUGCUAGCACGAAUUUGGUUCACAAUCCUGUCUGAACCAAGUUUCAUGAGCUCAUCUGAGAGUAGCCAAACCUAGCCAAGGCAAUGAAUCGUGAGAAUUCGUGAUACUGAUUUAGUAUCAGCCAUCUUGAACAUAACGAAUAAAUUAAAAUUUGGUGGCAGUAAACAGUAAAAAAGCAGUAAACAAGAAGUAGUCUAAGCGUGACAGUUUUGAGGUUAUACGGUAUGGUUUCGGGUAAUACAUUUAUAACUUCUUUAAAGGGAGACACAACCAUGUGGCGUCAGGACAACAAGCUUCCUCAAGGAGCGGUUACAAACGGAAGUGAACUGGGAAGCAAAAAGGCGGGGGAAGCCAGGGAGAACAGUGCCAACUACAUAUUGAGCUAGGUGAUCUCAGAGCGGCUGAUGGCAGUGGCAUGCUAGAUGGCCGUGGGUGAGCGCGGUCGAUUCAAAUGGCUGGCCCAUACAUACUCCCCCCCAAAAACGAACAGUUUUUAAAUCGGGUAAAGCAGCAACAAACACUGUACAUUGCGGCAGGGCGGUCGGCAAUAACUAGAUGGUGAUGGGUCUGCGGUCUUGAUUACAGUGAGUGGAGAAGUCCAGAGCGAUGUGGUGUGAACACGGGCGCGUGAUGUGAAGACAAGCGGGGCGGCACAGCACAAGUUGUGGAAUGCGCGUAGACAUGAACUGCGGUGUGGUCAUAGAAGUUGACAAGUGGGGUGGCACAGCACAAGUUGCGGAAUGCGCGUAGACAUGAACUGUGGUGCGGUCAUAGAAGUAGACAAGCAGGGCAGCAACAGAGGUGUGGUCAUCAAAACAGCUAAGUGGAGCAAAGCAGCAAACAGCGGUGCGGUCAUCAGGAUGUUGCGGCAGAGUAGAUAACACAAGGCGGCGAUAAUGAAGCAACGCGGACAGUCACAGGUGCGGUCAAUAGAGAUGCAGUCAUCAAAACAGCUAAGGGGCGAUUGCUGAGAUCGGGUCUGGCUAAUCCCGGCGCAACGUUAGUCUAGCGCAACUUUGCUCUCGGCUAAAAAAUUGGUUUGCUGAGAUCGAGUUUAGCUGCCAAUUAUCUUUUGGUCGAGAGCAACUUUGAUCUGCGGUUUAGCCAGACUGACGCUCAAGUUUAGCCAGACCGAAGCGCAACUGGAGGAAUCCGCAGGGAAUUAUUGUCGCAAUGUUGGCAGCAGCCGUCUCGAAUGCUUCUCGACUACCACACUGUCCGCAUUCACUCACUUCGUCACUCUGCCACCCUCAGUUAUUCAUUCCAAUAUCCUGAUUCAUUUUGUUUUGUAAUUAGUGUAGUAUAUUAAUAGGCUAGUGUAUUAGUGUUUGUGUAGAUAGUGUAUUAAUAGGCUAGUGUUUAGUGUUAGUGUGGGUAGUUAUAGGCAGUAGAAAUGGCAGAGUCGAAAAAAAGAAUAAACUUCACCAAAGUCGAACUGACAUUGAUCAAGUCUCUAGUUGUGAGCCGACCCAUAAUCGAGAAAAAAUUACAUGAUCAAAAAACUGAGAACUUGAGAAAAAUAGCGUGGGAAGAGAUUCUAAUAGAGUUCAAUGCUGCGGGACUAAAUUGUAAAAGGAACGUUGAACAGUUGAAAGGAGCAUGGAAAAGAAUCAAGAAUGACUACAAAUCCCAAAAAUCGGAGGAAAGGAGGAGUAGAUUCCGCACUGGAGGGGGGCCCCCAUCACCACCGAAAGUUGAGGAUCCCGAAAUGGAAGAGUUGUUCAAAGACCAAGUACCAAUUGAAAAUAUUCCGGACGACGAUGACGACUUCAAUGACUAUAAUAGCGAUCAUGAUGGAACUGAGGUACUGGAGGGUACGAGGUCAGCAAGCCCAAAGCCUGACACGCCGAUAGCGGGCACCUCCACAGCACCUGAUUCCCGUGCAACCACUCCGGGAUCUGCAACUGGAUCCGCUCAACCACGCAUCAAACGUGUCUCAUCCAAUGCAGACAAGUUCCACAAGAAGAAAAUGGAGUACCUUGAAGAGGAACAUAAACUUAGAUUGACUGUCAUCAAUGAAGAACAUAGGGCUAAAAUGGAAGCCAUUGAGAAGGAGAAAAAAUAUUGGACUUUGAUGGAGGCCAAUGCCCAGAAACAAAUAUCUUUUCAAAGGGAAAACUCUCACAGCUCCAUUGAGCAAAAAACGUUUGAGUUACUAAGUGGAAGCAUUGAACAUAAUUGAAUGCCCGGUUAUCAAGGGCAAAAACUUUUGUUUGAUAAAUUUAUUGGUAAUUAUUUCACUCAAGAUUACUUUCAUAUUCUUUUCUCCAUUUGUCAUUAUCAUUAUCACUUAUUUAUCAUUUUAUAAUAUCCAAUAAAAUAGAUUCAUACUU